AUGGGCCUUUACACAGCAGUUAGGUCGGCCCAUGUAGAUGUAGUAGACUUGAUAGCGGCAAAGCCUAAAAGUUUAACCGUCGGUCUUGGCAAAAUGACAUCCGACUUUAUUUUUCUCGUUGAGUUGAAAGCUCUCGUGCUAGAACAAGAACGACUUCCUGGAUCCCUCGCAUUGGAGCAGGCUUCUGGCCCGAAGACAACCAGUCCGGCCUUUUUUUCACUUUGUACAUAUCCUUACAAUAUUACUCCUUUCUCCGUACACUUCCAACUGACGGGCAUCGCGGAGAAAUCCAACGACCAGAUGGCAAAUUCCGCCGACCCAACAGAUCAUCUUAUGGACUACCUGCUAGCCACACACAAGCUCGAGGACCUACAGGCCUCGCUUGUCAGCUCCCUCUCUACCUGCGGCUGGACCGAACGGGUACGCAACCUUGCCUUUGAACUCUUCCGUACCGAAAAUCAUAACCGCUUCGAAGACGUGGUUGAUACUAUCGUCAGCAUGGCGACCUCAGGGAACGGAGCAAGCUCAAGCUCGCCUACGCUAGGGAAGAGGAAGCGUGAUGGAGAAGAUGAUUCAAAACUGGCCAAUGGCGCUGUCAAGAACGGCAAACGCGUGAAACAAAACGCUGCUACGAAUGGAGGCGGAGAGGUGACUGUGAAGAAAGAGGUGGCGGAGAGCAACUCUAUGCCCGAGAACGGCUCCACAGGUCCAAACGGCAACACAUCACCGGACAUUCUUACGAGCUAUAACGUUCAGAUCCCGGAACGGGCGGUAAAUAGCGGCGUUAAGUUCCUACAGGACUCGAUGCAUGAGCUAUUUAGCUCUGAUAGCGAAGACCAGCCGAACGGCACCAGGGGCCAUGACCCAGACAGUGACGACGAUAUACCAAUUGCAAGGAAAGAAAUGAAGAAAAAGUCUAGUGACCAGCCCAAGACCAACGGCCAUCCUUUGCCGAAAAGCAAUAAAGGAGCUUAG